UAAAGCUUUUCCGUUUUCAUAGUUAAAUGUGCCACGUGUGACACAGUGAACGAAUAAGUAACAGUCGGCGAGCUUUUAGUAUCGUACGAUUGAGUGUGGUGUGUUUUAGUUGCUUAUUGCAAUAUUAUUGGUUUAGAAUUCUUCCUGUGUGAUCCAAUCAUUCGCAACGGAUAUUUUAUGAACCCUAGCAUACAUGUUGGCUGAAAUACAAAAAACUAAAAUCGUUUUGCUGAAGACAUUCGAGUAGUAUAGUAACAUAAAUCUCGAGCAAAAAAAGUGAAAAACAUCGACGUUGAAAGUAACAAAAUUGUUUACUAAGAGUAAAAAAAUUGAUGAGCGUGAUGAAGUUGUAUCUGGCAGUAGUACUACUCGUACUAGUAGCGCAAUCUACUAAUGGCAAUUUAGCCAGUGAAAGUACUGUUGCCUCCGGAAAGCUCAUUAGCUCUCCAUCGCCAUCCUCACCUCCCAUGCCGAUGUCUUUGGGAAGCCUAUAUCGGAGUGCUCGGGAUGACUAUAAUGCAAGAGGUCGUUGUACAAACUGUGGACCGGGAUAUGAACGUGAUAUGCGUACCUAUGGUCGUCCGACAGGCAUCACAGGGUACUACAGUGGCAUGGGGUCGAUUUACGACGAUCGUAAUUGGUACUAUCGGCCGGAAUCAUAUGAGGAUCGUUACCGCGGUGGAGGAGAACCUGCAAUGAACUCCUAUUACCAAGCACAGCAGUUGUAUGGCUCUCAGAGCUACCGACCUCCGCCCUUCAUGAACGGUAUGGAAUACGAUCGUUACAUACAGCGUCCAGAUGAUCGAAACUAUAACGGCUAUCCAGGUAUGGCUAUGAGGACCGGUUACUACGAAGGAAGUAGCAGAAUGCCGUACUACACCGAAAUGAUGCGUGGGUACGGUUAUCGGGGAAAUGGCUAUGACAAUCUCGAUCCAUACUACAAUCACUAUAUGACCCAACGAGGAGGAGCUGGGAUGAAUAAUCGGGGUAAGACUAAAUAUUAUGAUGCGUGUAACUAUUAUAAUGGACACUACGACGACAGAAUGAGUAAUCGCGGUUAUUAUGAUCAGAAAAAUUUCCGGCCAUGGGACGAAACGUACAGAGGAGUAUCUGGUUUUGAUAAUUCUGGACGUGGUUAUUAUUUUGCAAGUCGUCCAACAACUUCUUCCUCAUCCUCAUCAUCAACAUCAUCUUUAUCAUCUGCAUCGCCAUCGUCUUCUUAUUCUGCACACGCGUCGCUUCACGGCCCAACGGCACCUGGGACAAUUCAUACUGGAUACGGUACUAGUAGUAGCAGUCACGGUACACACGGAUACCGGCCAGAGAGCUCUGUGCAUCAAAGCAGUCCCGACCGCCCGGACUAUAAUUCGGCCGAUUCCUCCCCGAAUUGCUGUCGCAAUCGAUAUCCUGAGCAAGCGCCCUCUCAAAGCGGGUCCUAUAGUGGUCAUGGAGGCCAUGGGGCAAGUGGUACCGCCUCGUACGGUCCGCGACCUUCUUCUUCUGGUGGAUCGUGGAGCUACGUGAGUAGCGGUGGACCGAUCAGUACCGGUAGCCAACAUUAUGGAAGUAGCAAUAGCCCCAGCGCACAUGGUUCGUACCAACCAAGUACAGGCGAAGGAGGUGCAUAUAACGAACAUCACACAGGUUCCGCUGGUUCUCUCGGUGGUUCUGCGAGCAACACGUACGCCAAUCGUGGAUCUGACUAUUCGAGGGAUAAUGACCACCGCCAACAAAGAUCGAUAAGAGAGAAAGAGAGAGAAAGAGAGAUAGAAGGCUCUGCCUACGGUGGACGACCGCGACCGUCGUCCUUAGCUGAAACUAGCUAUCUAAUGGACAGGGAAGAUAACGAUGAAAGUGUGGGAUUGCUACAGAAUGUAGUGAUUCUUCCGGACGGUGCGAAGGAAGACGUGUAUGCAGAUAGCAGUAACGCAGCAAUAAUCCCAUCAAAAUCCAAGGACAAGAACGUUGUAGAUAUAUUUGGGGGGAAAGGGUUGCUCGAGGAUGGCCAGAAAACACGGGCAUGA